AUGUAUCGGUUUACAGACUCCCAAUAUACAGGGUCAAUAAGACCAUCUCAAUAUCUUUCACAAGACCCUAUUCCAGUUGCAGAUACUUAUCAUCCUUCGAAACUUGCACAAGAGUAUAACUAUCAUGACUCAAUCGGAUCAUCAAAUCAAUUUUCACUAUCACUAUCACAAAGAGACGACCCCCGGCAAGUUGAAAUGCUUAGAGAAGAAGUAAAUGGGCUUCGAAAACAGCUGGAAAACCUCAGCAUUCAAAAUAGCCGUGAGCUGCUUGCCCUAAAUGAAAAAGAAGAUGAAAGACUCAAUCAAAUUUACCAAGAAAAAGACUCACAAAUUCAAGCUGAAUACAGGACGAUCUCCAAUAUCCAGCGGACUCUUGGUGAAGAAGCUGACGAAUGCUCAAAAAUAAAACAAGAAAUCCUCAAAGUUAAGCUCGACCAUGGAGAAACGGUAGCGCAAUUAAACGCGGAAAUAAGAAAUCUGAUUGGAGAAAUGGAAUAUCUCCAAAAAGAAUGCAUUGAGCCAGCCAGGGGGCAAAUUGAUAUGAUAAGAAAUGAAAUAGAAAAUAGAAAAGAUGAACAGAAUAGAGAAUCAAGAAAUAUCCAGCAUAAUAAAGGUGCAGAACUUCAUGAGCUGCAGUAUAGGAUUGAAAAAGAUAAUGGGGUCCUUAAUUCUUUAAGAAUUGAGGUUGAAGAGAUUCAAAAACAAUUGUCGCUAAAAUCAAUACAAUCUGAAGAAAAUUUAGGAAAGCUAAAUGAUAGGCUUAAAAGGGAGCAAAAUAUCACGACUGAUCAAGAAGGGGAGCUGAAACUACUUAGAGGAAAAAAAGAAAAACUCAGAAAAGAAGCCAGAGAUAAAGCUAAAGAAGUCGGGCUCAUAAAAUAUCGAGUCCAAAACAUAGAAGUAGAAAAUAAAGAGCUUAAAGAGCAGUUAGCAAGACUAGAAAGACUAAUUUACGGACGAACAAAAGAAAAUCUUCAUUAA